AUGGCUACCUACAAUUGUGACACUGGAUUUUUUCUGGUUGGUGACAACUCAACAACUUGCACUGGAAACGGCAGUAACAUUACUGGUGCCUUCGAUGGCCUAGUUCCAAUCUGUGAAGCUAUAACAUGCCCACCACUUUCCAAUCCAACCAACGGCUCUGUUUCUUAUUCGAAUGUGCCUGAUCAAAACAACAGCUAUGUGUUCAAUGUAAUGGCUACCUACAGAUGCAACUCUGGGUUUGCUCUGGUUGGUAACAACACAAGGAAUUGCUCUGGAGAUGGCAGUAGCAUUACUGGUGCAUUUGAUGGAGAGGAUCUGAAAUGUGAAGUUUUAGUUGCCUCUUCUGCAUCACUUAUCCGAGAUGUUGUCAUACCUGUUGUGAGUGUGGUGGCUGUACUAGCUCUAGUUGUACUGGGUGGAGCUGUCUCAGUAUGGAUACAUUCAAGUGAUAAGCCAUCUGUUGAAGUUAAAAAAGCCUGA